GUGUUUACUUGUCACUAACGACACGUCACGAAAACGAAAGUUGAAUUGUCAGUGGUCACCAAUAGUUGUCAAAGCCGAUUUAUGAUGAUAAUUGUAAUUUUAGUUUCAGUGUAAUUGUUACAUGAGAAUCUUUUGAAAUUUGAUUAUGUUAUUGCUACAUUCAACUACAUAUGGUGUGAUAGAGAUAUUUAUAACGUAAAUAUAUAUAUAUAUUUUUUGGAACAUUUUUGACAAAACUGCAUAUUAUGAGUGAUAACAGGGAAACAUUGAGUUCGUUUGUGGACAAGCAAGACCGCUCAUCUGAAUAUGAUAAAAUUUUGGGGAGAAAAGUCCUAGUUGCUCCUACAGAACAACAAUAUGAGUUGCUGUUGAAGAAUUUGAGGCAACAAUUGGGAGAAGGAAGAGGAGAAGUUAUCUUAGAGAUUGGUCGAUCAGAUGAUGGUACAGAAAAUGGAUUGUUGGAUGACGAAUUAGAUGCAGCAGUUGCCACCCUCCAAUCACUAGCGAAUACAUUAGAAUGCAGUUGCGUGAAACUCAGAGAGAGAAAAGAAGCUCGUGGUGUCGUUGUACAAUAUUUAAUUAGGAGAGUGCUCGACCAAACUGAUUUUCUGGAAAUUCGUGUGGCUGUCGUUGGCAAUGUUGAUGCCGGCAAGUCUACUCUAUUGGGAGUUCUCACACAUGGAGAAUUGGAUAAUGGUAGAGGUCAUGCAAGGCAGAGACUAUUUAGACACAAACAUGAGAUGGAAUCCGGUCGAACAAGCUCUGUUGGAAAUGAUAUAUUGGGCUUUGAUGAAAAAGGUAAUAUUGUGAAUAAACCUGAACACGGAUCUUUGGAUUGGGUGAAAAUCUGCGAAAAAAGUUCUAAAGUCAUAACUUUCAUUGAUCUCGCCGGACAUGAGAAGUAUUUAAAAACUACUGUGUUUGGGAUGACUGGACAUGCACCAGAUUUUGGAAUGUUGAUGGUUGGUGCUAAUGCGGGAAUAAUCGGCAUGACAAAAGAACAUUUGGGACUUGCUUUGGCUCUAUCGGUGCCAGUUUUUGUGGUAGUUACAAAAAUCGACAUGUGCCCAGCUAAUAUUCUCCAAGAUAAUCUCAAGAUGUUGGUGAGAAUAUUGAAAUCUCCUGGUUGUCGAAAGGUACCAGUUAUGGUAAAAACAUCCGACGAUGUGGUAUUGAGCGCUACAAAUUUUGUGAGUGAAAGAUUGUGUCCUAUUUUCCAAGUAUCCAAUGUUACCGGAGAAAAUUUGCUUUUGUUGAAAACUUUUCUGAAUUUACUUACUACCAGGAUGGAAUACCAUGAAAACGAACCUGCCGAGUUUCAAAUCGACGAUACAUAUUCAGUACCAGGAGUUGGUACAGUCGUUUCGGGUACAACACUGAAAGGAGUGAUAAAGUUGAAUGAUAUAUUGAUGUUGGGUCCCGAUCCACUGGGACGAUUCCAGCAAAUAGCAGUUAAAAGCAUCCACAGGAAGCGAAUGGCUGUCAAAGAAGUCAGAGCGGGACAAACUGCCAGUUUUGCUCUUAAAAAGAUAAAACGAUCUCAAAUUCGAAAAGGCAUGGUUAUGGUAUCUCCAGCUUUAAAUCCACAAGCUUGUUGGGAAUUCGAAGGAGAAAUAUUAGUUUUACAUCAUCCUACUACCAUCAGUUCUCGUUAUCAGGCCAUGGUACAUUGUGGAAGUAUAAGACAGACUGCAAGCAUUGUUAGUAUGUCUAAAGAUUGCCUUCGAACAGGUGACAAGGCUUUGAUUCACUUUAGAUUCAUCAAACAUCCGGAAUAUGUCACACCUGGUCAAAGAAUGGUUUUUAGGGAGGGACGUACCAAAGCAGUUGGUAACGUAAUAAGAAUUUUAUCUCAUUCUACACCUACCCAUCAAGGAAAUAGAUUGAAACAAAGUAAACAGCAACGUUACGGAAGUGGCCAUCAAAAUAAACAUGAAAAAAAUCAUGGCAAGAAUGAAAACAUUCAAGAGGGCGUUGAUCAAGAUAUGAUGGAAAAUGGGACGGAAGAAACGGUCGACAAACGAGAUAAUACAUCGCAAAAAACUGGAAUGAAGAAAGGACGAAGUCGACGCGGUGGUCGGGGGAAAUCGAAUAAUAAUAAUAAUCCGACCAUGGGUUUAGUAAAACACCUUCCAGAUGUUACAAACAUCACCCCUUUAUCAGCUGCAAAUAGAAACACCGCAGCUAAAGUGCAAUAGAUAUAACAUUUCAGCUUCCUCAAUGUCCAUUUUUCGAUAUAAAUACGAUUAAAUUCUUAUUUUUUUUCUAUGUUUGAAAACAUUUUUGGUUUUUACCACCUGACAUGAUUCUAGUUUUGGAAGAAAAUAUUUUAUUUUUUAAAUGAUAAUCGAAUUUAAUUUUCUUUCUCCAGUGACACAUCGAUGAAUUAAUGAACACAAAUGAAAAUUUCUGCCGUUUUUUUUGUGCUGAAGUUGUUUUUUAUAAUAAAACCUCAAAAUAUUUUUAUAAUUGUUUAUUUACUCAAAAAUUGUUAAAUAUUACGUGUUACAUAUGGGACUGAGGUAUCUGGCGCCAUCUCUUAACAUGAUGUGAAGCUAUUAUUUUUACUAGCGCUAUGUGAGAUGACAAGUUCGACAUCUUGACAACUCGCCAGCUAUGUUAUAAGAAAAGUGUCCGUCUCGAAAUGUGUUAAGGGUGGCGCUACAUAGGCAUCAGAGUAAACUUUUUCAAGGUUAUAUUCACUACAUUAUAUUGUACAUGCAAAAAUUUUUAAUUACGAAUGGCUUUAGCCAAAAAAGAUAUUUUGAUAUAAACAAACUUUGGAAAAAUUAAAUCAGUUGCGCGCUGUCAGGGUUAGUUGUCGCUUUUAUUCCCCUAUUUUUUAUGCCACUGGAGCAAAAUAUUCGGAUGACAAAGAGGGUAGCAUGCGCUUGGUGAAUUACUAUCGUUAAUAAUCAAAGUACUAACUUCUGUACCCCAGAAUAAAAUAUAUUCUAUCUCGGUAUCCAGUAAAAACAAUGAAAUUAGAUACCCACGAAGUGCUCGUCACUAUCUAACAGACACAAUAGAACUGACAAUAGUAAUCAAAUAUACCUGCUUGAUCCCUAAUCCCUACUACCUCAUCUAGCAACGCGCAUUGACGAGCGUUUGAUUUAUGGCAAAUUUUUGAUUUGAAAUUUUGAACUAUAUUCUUAUAUC